GUCGUUAGUCUGCAACGUUGGCUAUAAUCACAUAAUGGGUGUAAAUCUAGCAAAAAUGUUUUGCUUUUUGUACGCAAAUGAACUUUCCUAAAUAAAAGAGAGCUUGUGUUAAGUGGGGUAACUAUUGUUUAAAAUGUUUCAGGCUAGGGAAAUCAGCAAGAGCAUUUAUUUUAGUAAAUGGUACAAGUACAGCCCUCUCGCAAAACCGGUAUUAAUCAUCAUUGGCAGGACAGCAAGGCUUAGCAAGAUAGUUCCAUGUGGUAUAUGGGAAUUGAACUUAGAAACGGGUCUUAUGGUAGUUAGGGGAAUUGUAUCCUAUGCGAUGUUCCUGAGGACAGCAGAUAGUUUAUCUAAUGGACAGAAUAAUUAAUGAAUGAUUGAG